AUAUCUUGUAUUCUAGUCUUCCAUCUUCACAAAUUCUAUCUUGAUAAACUUUUGAUAGAUACGGAGACAUAUAUAAUUAUAUAUAUCUAAAAUAAUAGAGAAAGAAAAAUAUGUUACGUUUCUUGAAAUCUUUGUCUAGGACUGUGCAUGAAGAGCGAUGUCAAGAUCCGGAACCACGUCCGAAUAAUGGUGAUGGUGAUGGUGAUGGGCCGACGAGCUUAACGGUUUGGAGGAAGUCAUUGUUUGUCGGGUGUAGCGGGUUCACGGUAAUUAACUCCGAUGGUGACUUGGUAUAUAGAGUGGAUAACUACGGUGGCCGACGACAACAAGAAGUUGUUCUCAUGGAUGCUUCCGGGAAACCCAUUCUUACUAUUUUUCGUAGCAAGCAGAAACUGAAUUUGGUCGAUAAUUGGCUCGUUUUUGAAGGAGAUAUAUCAUCGAAGAAGCAAAAACCGAUCUAUCGUGCUAGAAAAGAUAUGGAUUUCUUGCGCGCAAAGGUUAAGAGAUUAGCCCGAUUCUAUAGAGUACCAUAUGAUGAGACUUUAGGGUACGUGAUUGAAGGGUCGUACGUGAACCGAUCAUGUAAGGUUCUUGAUGAAUCGGGAAAUAUAGUGGCUGAGAUAAGAAGAAAGGAGAGUGUCACGAAAGGUGUGUCAUUGGGGCUAGAGGUUUUUGACUUGAUUGUAAAUCAAGGAUUCGAUUCGAGUUUAGCAAUGUCAAUUGUUUUGUUAUUAGAUCAGAUGUUUCUUUAGAUAUUGUAACCACACAAUCUUGUGUUACAUCUGAGAUUUGUAACAAAAUCCGAGUAAUGACGAUGAUUGUUGUGCAAAGUUA